AUGGAUGAUGCGCGCACAAAACUUGAGGCAGAAUACUGUCAGUACUUGGAUUCUGCGCUCGUCUCUGCCAUAUGUUCGGACUACGAAUUGAGUGACUCGACAGGCGUCGCAGGCGCGAGGGAGAUACUCGAGUCGCUCAAGGCGAGCGCAUCCCUAGAAGAAGCUGCGGACUUUGACCCAUCUGGAACCGGCGCAGGCGAACAUGAACGUGGAAACGAGCACAAUGGCGAAUCACCGCCAGGAACCAGCGGCUCUGCUUCACGAGAAACCGAAGCGACCAGUCUGUCCAACGGGCUAUCAUCUUUAGGACUCGACGAUUACUCCUCAGACACUGAGCCAUCCACGCUCUUCGGCCAGCCUGAAGAUUUCGAGGCGCUUGACGAGGAUGGAAAAGUUCAGAUCUUGCAGAGCAUUGUCGGAGACGGGGUGAAUCAGUACAGCAUUCGCCACGCGCUGCGAAAGUGUAAAGGCGACUGGGACAGCGCGAUCAACGACCUACUCACGCAAGCAUUCCUAGCCAACGAUGAGAACACCAAAGAUGGUUCUGCUGUCAAUGCCAAGGGCGUCGAAGGCUUCUACCAGGAGAACAAUUUCAGCCGAGGUCGCAAAGGCAGAUCAAAAGGCAAGCGGCAGGCUGCACAAGGCAGCAGAAGGUCGAGCUCAGUCCCUGGACUCGGAGAUGCAUCUCCUUCACCAGCAUCUAACAAGUGGACUUCGGCGACUGAAGACAUCGACUUCAUAGCAGUAAGGACCGGCAUUCCAGUGGCGACUGUGUCUUCGACGUACUACUCGUGCGGAGCAUCUGUCUCGCGCACAAUCGGAGCUUUGCUCAAGGCAUCAAUGGAGGAGAGCAAGUAUGCAGCAGUCGACGAUGACACUACUGCUAUCCGCGCAGACGAGCUAGGUCGAGACUUUCCCUCUAUCUCCUAUGAAUACAGAACCACGCUCAUACGGGUCACUCACCCCUCGACUUCAUCCGCGCACGAACUUGCCAAAGCUCUGACUGCUAAGCCCAAGUCCAGCAAUGGCGGCGGCCUCCAAAUCCUGACUCAGUACGCCCCGCCUGCUGGUGUGGCCUCGAGCAACGAUUGGAGCGCUGUCUCUAGGAAGGCAAAAUCCGCCAACGCCUCACGCUCGCCUUCAAUAGAUGGACCGACAGCUACCGCACAACGCGAUGCUUACACAGCUGCUCGGGCUGAAGCAUUAGCCAAAGCGAGCGCUGCUCACCGCAAGGGCAAGUCUGAUCGCUUGAUGGGAGGCGCAGCCGGAUACUACAGCCAAGUUGGACGCGAUCUCGCCAAACUGGCAUCCAGUGCAAACGCGCAGGCGGCCGAUCAGCUCGCUGCUUCCCAGUCAACCUCGACUCAGCUCGAUCUGCACGGCGUCGACGUCGUCAACGCUGUACGAAUCGCGCAUGAGAAAGUCGAGCAAUGGUGGGAUGGGCUGGGCGAGAGUCGGAUCAACGGCCGUGUCGGUGCGGACCAGCGGCAGGGUGGCUAUAGUAUUGUCGUCGGCCUGGGCAAGCAUAGCGAGGGUGGGAAGGGCAAACUAGGGCCUGCGGUGACGAAGAGUUUGAAGGAAGACGGUUGGAGGGUUGAGGCCGUCGGGGCCGUCGUUGUCGUGAAGGGUCCAGUGAAGAGAUGA